AUGUCUAGGCCGACAAAAUUACAGACGACAUUAAGCACACAAUACAAGAAUUUCAAAAUUGAAAGUCAAGAUGAAACUAUUGAUGAAUUAGUAUAUGAAAGUAAUACCGAUAUUAAUGAUUUAAUUGAUCCUGAAGAAUUUUUUGCUCAAUACAUUGCUCCGCGUAAACCCGUCAAAUUCGUUGAUUAUCCGUUGAUAGGCGCUGAUGGAUCUAGAUUUGAUUUUGAAAAGUUUAAUAGUGAAAAUAUCUUAAAGACUUUGAACUAUGAUGAGGAUUUACAAAUUGAAAAGAAGUUCCAGGAAGGGUUUGGUUCUGGGCAACCAAGAGUUAAGUUUGGGUUACUGAAGUUAAUCCAAUUAUUUAAAGAUGGUCAUGACGAGUAUUAUCUCACGACUCAAUAUGAUUUCGAUGAUCCCGAUAAUAUAAAAGAACAAGAUGGUGAAGUGAAGGAGGAAGAUGAUGAUGAAGAAGAAGAUGAUGGCGAUGAACAGGAAAAUGAUGAUGAAGAGGAUGUUGAUGAAGAUAGUGAGAAAAUAAAUGAUGAGGAAAGUGACGAUAAAAAUGAAGAAACUAAAGGAGUACACAUAGAUGUUAAGUUUAAUGCAGACGAAGAAGAUUUCUCUGACACAUCGUCUAUUGAUAUGAAUGAUCUACAUGAUGACUUUGUUGAUAGUGAUGAAGAUAGUGAAGAAGAUAAUGAUGUAAUACUCGAUAAGGAACUUGGGAUAACUCAAACAGAGGUAGAUCAACGUAUUCGUGAGUUACUUCAACCACCUUUAACAAAUCUCGUUAAACAUCCAUCUAUACUCUCAAUUCGUCCCCGUAUAUUUUCUAAAUUGAUCCCGCAACAAAUCAAUUUAUGGGUUGGUGCCUCUUCAUCUAAGACUGUUUCAGCUAAUGAAAUUACAUUGGAUCUUCAAGACAGUGCCACAUUAGGAUUAGGAAAAUCCAUACCUGGUGAAAAACGAGGUACAUCGUCCGGUUUACAUCAUGAUCAUGCGGAUAAUUUAUAUGUUUUGGUAAGCGGUAUGAAAAGGUUUACAUUAUUUAGUCCAGCUGACGCUUCUAAAUUGUAUACUAUUGGUAAUAUCUUCAAGGUUUUCAAUAGUGGAAUUAUUGAUUACGUAGUUAAUGAAUUCGCUCUGGAUUGGAAACAUAUAAGAGACGAUGGAGCUUUAGUAGAAGAGAUUAUUGAUAGAAAGCUUGAGACAUCCAAAGGUUCUGAAAAGGUUAAAUUAAUUACUGAAUUGAAAGCUUUAAUUAAAGAACGUAAUAAUGUCAAGAAGCCAUCUGCAAGACUUGAUCCCCCUAAUUUUUCCAAGAUUCCUCCUGCUUUAUUACACAUAGACGAAUUUCCUAAUGAAGACACUCGAGCUCAAUUAAUAUCCUUUGCCAAUGAGUACUUCCCUGGCUUUCUUUCAUUAAAUAAAUAUGAAGUUCUGUUAACUCCAGGUGAUAUGUUGUAUUUACCAGCGGGUUGGUUUCAUGAGGUUUCAAGUUUUGGUGAAAGCUCAAGCAAUGACAAAAGCAAUAUUCACAUUGCUUUGAAUUAUUGGUUUAUGCCACCUACCACAUCGAGUUUUGAACAAUGUUAUGAAGAUGAUUACUGGCCAGAGGAUUGGUUCCGGACUGAAAAAUGUAUCCAAUUGUGUAAUUAG